GCGCUACGCGUACAUUCCUCUUGACCACUCGGUUGAUAGUGUUGAUGUGGCAUUUAACAAAUGCUCAUUUAAAAAACUAGAAAGGGGGAAGUGACAAAAACCGAUCCAUUCAUUUCAACUUCAAAUAGCGUAAAUCGGAUGAAAGGAUUUUCCCCAAAUUGAGCAAAGAAACCCUCUUGGAGAGCCAUUUUUUCUGAGGCGGAGCCAUUUGUUAACUGGUCGCGUGUAUUGAACUUCUUCAACCCCGACAUCUGUUGCAAACUGUUGAAUGGCAAGAAAGAAUCGUGGCAUAUGCCACAGUUGUAGGUCUACAGAUCACUUGUUUGCGGAUUGCCCAAACAAGCAAGUAUGUACGUGGUGUCAACAUGCAUUCAUUAAGUGCUUUGAGGUGGAGAAGGCGCUGAAGAACAAAGGUAAGUUGUUCAAAUGUUGUGAAGCUGACUGUGGAUACUGGAAGUGGCUUGGGGACGGUGAAUCCAGCGGCAACUCAAGUACGAGCAUAGUUAAGGCGACUACUCCUACGAUGAAGGAAGCAAUCCGAGAUGUAUCUGACAUGUUGGAAUCUCUACUUCAGUUAAACGAUGAACAAGAAGUGAAUAUUUCUUUGAAUCUUACAAUCCACAAAGGUAAAGCAAGCAGCAAAGGGGAUGAGAAAAGAAAGGAAAGAGUCCGGCUUGAUUAUAAUGUAUAAAUCGAGCAUGUUGUGUAACUUAUGCUAGUAUGUGGAUUGUGUAAGUUGUAUUUUAACGCUAUGUACGCUGUGGUCUAUAAAUGUACCCCCUGUUUUAUUAAACUUGUUGUUCCAUACA